GUGAGUCUCCGAAAGAAUGUGUGUCUGUGUGUAAAAGCUAUCUGGUGAACGACAGGCAACUGCCUGUUGAUACCAAAAGGAGUUGAAACUGAAAAUGAACAUAUGGUUGAAAUGAAUGAAUCUACAUAAGAGAUAUUUGAGCCUGAAUGUAAGCCUUUGUAGCUGGCUCUAUGAGGAGGAGGUGAUUUGCUCAGGGACUAGGAUUUGACAAUUGUAACUACUGGAAAUUAUGUCCGGUGCUGCUGUCAAGUGGUUCACAUGCGCCGGAGUGACGGCAGCCCUUGUCUCGUACUGGGGUCAAACAAGUAAUGUGCUUUGUGUUAUUAUUUAUAUUACUGCGGCCACAUGUGGAGCAAUAGUUGGAGUGUAUUCUGCCCUUGACUCCGACGAUAAGCACCGGACAACUCGUCGAGAGCUUAUUAAGAAUCGAAAAGUGGUUGAGUUAUUUGAGGAAAAGUUGCGGGAGUCGCGCACGCCUCCAGAGAACGGUGGAGCGAUCGCUGGUUCCGUCGGAGGCCCCGUUUUUCAGGGGAUGCCUUCCGUAGGUGGAAGGCAUCGUCAGAUGGUUUUCUCAAGAAAUGCCGAUAUUAAGUUGCAGGAGAUCAUUGAUCUCGCUCUUCGAGACUUUGUUACGCCAUGGUACUCGUAUUUGGUUCCCGAAUAUCAUCAGCAUUUCACGAUGCUUCUUCGAGACGAGCUUUGGCUUGUGAUGGCAAAAAUUAAAGAGCGAUAUUUGAAGAUGGAUGAAGUGCAGUUAAUCUCCAGUGACCUGGUAGGGACAGUUAAUAGACAUCUACGAAGGCUGCGUUUGUCUAUGACAGCGCGCCAGCCGUUAUCGCUUCAUCAUUUUCUCGCGUCGCCAGAAGAGGAACUCGAACAUCUGCGCACUGUUUGCGAUUUCCUGCUCACCGUCCUGCUACCCUCCAGCUACGCUUUGUGUGUACCAUUGCGUUUACUUCUAAAGGAAAUCUUUACUUGCCAAGUUCUCUACCCAGCUAUCGACAUGCUGUGCUCUCCCGACUAUAUCAAUUUGAAGUUAGUGUCGUAUCUCAAAUGGCUGCAAGAAGAAAAGGAACGCCACAAGAGAACUUACGCAAUGACGGAAACAUUCGAAGAUUUCGUUUUUGUUAUUCAGACGUGUGCAGAUGUUGAGGAUUUAAAAGUGCUACGGUAUAAAAUUAUGGCCGAAAUUAUGCAUGCCACGACAUUGAAUAACAUUAAAAAGCAAAAAGGGCUUAGCGCUGAUAAAGAGAUUGAACCGCCGACACUAUCCAAGGGAGAUCUUCUUCUCAGCCGGAAUCUCCCCAAAUACAUUCGCCAGCUCCAAUUCGCGAAGGGACUCUGCGAAAAAAAACUCAAGUCACUAGGCGGUCCAGAUUACCUCGGUGGGUCAGACCAGGACGCUACUGUUCCUGGAAGACAGGUUCUUGCGUUCCGCGUGAUUAUGAACUCUGAACUGGCUCGGGAACACUUAAGACAUUUCUUCGAGAAAGAGAUGAAGGAAGAAGGGCGAAAUCUUCUGGGGUUUUGGUGCGACGUCGAUCAGAUGAUGAAAACCAGUAAAGAUGAGUGGCAUCAGCUUGGCAACGAAAUAUAUAUAACCUAUAUUAAGAAACCUCACGCAGGUAUUCGGCUCAGCAAACAGAUACUUAAGGAUAUUGAAGCAUUUAUCAUGGCAAACAAGGGCCCUGAGGGAUUUAUAGAGGCCCAGCGAGAAUGCUAUCGUCUUCUCGAAGACAAGCACUAUCACUCAUUCCUAUUAUCGGAAAGUUAUCAUCAACUUAUAGUCGAGUCGAAAAAAGUUGACAUAUCAACAUUCGGUAAAGAGAGAAGUGUGGGAAAUGGCGAUACGAUUUCAGCCGAAAACGAGUCGUCGUUUAACCAAGCGAUCUCGCUAGCAGACUCUUGUCAGCUAGCGCGUGCUAAACUUAGUCAACUUAAAAGUCGACUUAACGACAAGCUCAAGGCUCUAUCUGCGCUUCGGGCGUCGUUUAACUCGGACCCCAAGAUGAUUGCCGCUCUAGAGAAGGAGACGAGCGAAUUAAAAAUUGAAUGUAGUAUUUUGUCCAAGUAUAUGGAGCGUACCGAUCGGUGGAGUGAUAAUAUCGGUAGAUGGGUUGCCAGUGUGGAAGGUGCUCAAGUAGACAGAGAUACCCCCAGAUUUACAGUGAUAGUUAGUGUAAGCCAACAGCCGGACUCGGGGUAUGUUGUAAACAAAAGCAUCUCAGACUUUCAUCAACUCUUGCAGAACGUUUUGCCGAUUUCGUCAACGCUGAAGCGACGCGUCAAUCUUCCAUCGAUCCCGUCAAAGAUGCGUCUGAAAGCGUUUGACCAAGCAUAUUUAUCACGCGCGAAAGCGUCCCUGCAAACGUUUCUCGACGUGCUGCUUCGUGACGAACUGCUGCAGAACUGUGAAGCGGUCUGUUCGUUUUUCAACGAAAUUCCAUCAUCGCUGCUGCAGCCAAUAAAGGCUCAGGGUGAUGAGAGUGUGCUCAAGAAAACGCUUAAUUUUUUGCCCUCGCUUUUUAAAGGCGAUAAAGCAGGAAACGAAACCAGUUCUUCAUUAGAUGAUGAGGAUGAUCUCUUCCUUGAGCUGUGCGACUCUGAUCUAAAUGCAGACAAGAUGCGGGUCGAUUCAAUAGCUGAGCCUCUUUAUCAUUUACUUGCGGAGAUGUUUGAACUCCAGGGCGGGAAUCCAGUCAAUUGGCUUCGUCGAACGCUAAUUAUGUUUGUCCAGAUCUCAUUUGGCAAAACAAUUAAUAGGUUACGCGAUUAAUUGAAGCGAUUGGACAAUAAAUAACCAUCUUGCAAAGGCGACUCGACGGUUGCGAACCACGUAAAUAAUAAAUGCCAUUAUAUGUGAAUGCAAAAUGAUAGCUUUAAACGGUUAUUUAUAAAAAAAACAACAUCAACAUCUAUACUACAUAUUUUCUUCCGACAUUUUUGAAUUCAACAUCUAAGAUAAUGAUGCACAAUGGAGUUUUAUACGAUGAAGUGCUCAACUAAUUGAAGUCCGGAGAAAGAAGUUUACUCUAAUUGGUCGUUUCAAUAGGUUAAAAUGUUUAGACCGCGAUAAUCUAUCUGGUUAGCGGCGGUGGCAGUGCCUUAAAAUAAGACGUCGACCCAGUUUAGACAGUAGAGGGUUGUCAUCAUGACCCCGUAGGCAAGCCUGCGGCCCAGAUUGUCUUAUAUUGUAGAUAGAAACGGUUACCUAGAAAGAGUUGGCGCAUUUUCAAAUCAUUAGCUAUGGGAUUUGAAAUGUUUUCAGCAAGCGCAAAUAAUUGCACGGUACUUAUUUAUGCACGAAUAGUUAAUUCAACGCUGAUAUCGAAGUUUUGAUAUUAGUUACUGCUAGUGAUAAAAGGAACUGUUUAUAAUGUAGGUCAGAAAUAUAGCUGAAUGAAUAUUAGAUAAACAAUAUAUUGAUUUUUAAUCAAUGAGCUUAUUAACACACUACAUAACUUCGACCAUUUGUCACGGAAUAUUCCUUAGGUCCUAAUGAUUACAGACCAUUCGCAUCCAUCUGAUAUUGCCAUCAGCUUAUCAAUACGAUCUAGAAUUGCUUUACUUAGGACCAAACUUGUCAUUGAUUUCGUUUUACUGUUAUAAAAAAUACAAAAUGAAAGUAAUUACUUUAGCUUUUAUUGAGGAUAGGUUGAUUGUUUUUUUGCUGAUUUUUGACAGGCGCAACGCAACAUCGAAUUUAAAAUAAUACUGUCUUACUUAUUUUGCGAGAUAAUAACCUGAAAAAAAAGUAAGGCGAAAUCUCUCUUACUUGAAAAUGAUUCCAAUCACGGAUUUUUUUUUUUAGACAUAGCGAACGAUUUCCGCUUCUUCAAUUUCCAAGGCAGAAAUCAAUGUUAUUUAUUUAUAAUUAAUAUUUCGGCCAGGCAAUAUGUUUACUGCUAAAACAGAAUUAACUGUUAUAGUUGACAAAGGAUAACAACUUCAGUCCCGUUGGAACUGUCACCAGCAAAAAGAAGUUUGUUAUGCCGGCGUAGAUAGUAUUAUAUUUGUCUUUGGAGUUAAAUAGGUAUUAUAUGCCCGUAUGUAUAGCGGAUCUGAAUAAAUGGAGCUUCUGUAUCAAAACAGCCAAUUUCUAGCUUAGCUUUUCGAGGGUUUGGCAAAAAAUACUGUAUCAAACAAUAAAAAAAGGGUUUUUUUUUGUUGCUUUUUACAUGCUAAUAAUAUGGUAUAACAUCAUUUAUGUCUAUUACAUCUUUCUGUCUGCAUGUUCUUUGUUACUCUGUGCAUUGCGCGGCCAGAAACGCUAUAAUUACUAUUAUCAUUACUAUAAUAUUAUUUCAGCUAUUGCUGCUUUAGUUUGUCCUAUACAGUAUUAUUAUUAUUAUUAUUAUAUGGUUAUGGACUAGUAUAAGAGUAAUGUCCAUUUCGGAUAUAGCGGAGAAUCGCGUUUCAUUUAGUGCCUAAUAUUUGCCUUUUCUCUUAGUUUACUUAUCAAUUUUUAUUAACAGCAUUUUUGGUAUUGAUUCGAUGCAUGUUUGCGCACAACGUAAUAGACGUACAUAGACCGCAUAGGUGAUUUUACCGAGUUUGUGAGGAGAAAGCUGUCUCACAUAGAUACUAUAAGGAGCAAACAAGAAGUCAGAAAGCACAUAUUUCGAUUUAGUCAACAACAAUAACAACAACAACACGAUUCGUUCGGUGAGUAUCGAAUGGCAAAACAAUGAGUCCAUUUAAUAUGUCCAGUCGCUGUGUCAGGCGAUGAUUGCAUUGAUUCUAUCGCCGGCCAGUAACUUCCUACGCUACAGCAAUGGAUAGAGUUAAGGGCAAAGGCGAUACUAGCUAUCCUAUUUUGCCUGAGUAUUCCUCUGUCACAGGGAUGCAGACAUACAGAGGCAUCUUGCACGUGACACAUUGUUGGACCGUGUCUAUGCAGGUGCAAUAAACGUCAAUUGUAACUGUACGAUAUCUAUUUUUGAUAUUUCCGGUGGAGGCCAUUUCAGAGAAACUUAUUCCUGCCGAAUUAAUAGAAAAAUGUGAAAAAAUGCCAUCCAAAUCGGAAAUGGUACGCAAAUAUACAGAUAAUGCUGAAUUAAGGGAUGGUCUUACAUGUUUAUUACAUGACGGGUCAAUAAAAAAUGGAAUCGGACGGAUUUUGUAGACGGCGGACAAGUGGGACCGCUUACGAGACAUUAUGAUGAUCGUCACAUAACAACUAUAUUUGCUUACUAGUUAUUAUUAGGUACAUUCAUUAAUUUUGAGCAUUAAAGCAUCAUCGAGAUUAAAUUAAAGCAUCAUCGAGAGGGUAUCGAUUUUGAAUUGGCUUUAUAUCUUUUAAAUUCCGUGAAUGAUGAAACUUACUUACACGUAUAGGUCAUAGGCUGAGGACGAAAAGCAAUGCCCAGAAAAUGCAUAUAGUCCAUAUGGUAAAUUUUCGGUUUGUAACUAACGAGCGGUAUUAUUGUUCCAUUAAGCAUAUAAACAGUUGUGAAAAUAAUCGCAAUAAGUAUUACGUAACGUUCCAAUAGUUGCAGAUCAUGAUUGAGUCGUAUAAUGGAUGGUGAAUAAACUUUAUAAAGCCCAAACAAAAGUUGUGAAGGAGACUCCGAUUUGUCGGCGUUAUUGGUUUCAUGGAAUGUCUUUGAAGUACUUAUCUAUUGCUGAACGUAUAGUCGAGCAGAUCAAUUGCGUUCGAUUUAAGCUUGUCUCUUUGUCUUUAAGGUACAUACACUUUUCCGAUAUUAAACCGAUAUUAAAUUACACUAUCGAAUAGAAAGACAGUCAACUUUCUGUCCCAAGUUCUACGAUCUUUUAUAGCUUGGCUUAGCCUUCUCAGAUAGACCGAGCUCAUAUAAAAUAGCGUUUUUACGUUGUAGCUAUUGUUCGGCAAAGCAUGAUCUUCAAGGAGAAACGACCUUAUGCACUGGGGAAUACAAGCUACGGCUUGCUUAUGGCGGUAACCAUUGUGUUAUAUUUCUUACGAUAACUGCCCCUUCACAGUAUGGAAUAAAUGUUCAAAUAUUCUAGUUUUCGCGAACGAAAACCGAUCUUAAGCACUCGAUUGUUAAUUAUUGCCCUUUCACGUAGACGUGUCUCAUGUGAAAGAUGUAAAGCACAUUAACUACACAGGAGGAGAGAGCCGAGGCUAGAGUCCAUAUUUUGAAUGUCUGCAGAUGUAACCGUCCUAAAAAACGGGCACUAAUCGUCAUCGUGCAGCAUGCAUACAAGAGUAGAUUUAAAUAAAAAAAAAUAAUAAACAAGAGUCCAUGCUUUCGAUAGACGCCAAACAAUUUUUUAACCUUAAGAUGGUAACGCUAAAGAUAACGGCGUCUUUGUGAUUUUUCUUAAAUCAGUUGUUGAAGAACACGGUCCAUUUUUUAGGAACCUGGGAAUGUGUAGAUAACACUGUUGCUCAUUCCUUUUCAUAUAAUCAGCUAGCUGUUUGCUAAAUUACUAUUAUAGCCUUGAAGUAACGUAGUUUGUAUUUAAAUUUCCUUCCCCCGAUCGCUACAAACAGACAAUUGCUGCAGGAGUGCUUUCAACAACAACAAAAGUACCUAAGUGUUUUUCUUCUGUUCGUUAUAAAAUAUUUCCGUAGCAAGCUAUUCAGGGCAAGCCGCAAAGAUGUUAAAUUUUGAGGAAGAACUAUUAGUUCAAUGUCUUCUAACUGCAAGUAGGGUCCGGUAUAAGUCUUCUGUUGACACUAGAAUUAUGUUAACAUAUCUAACAGGUAUAACUUAAAAUUUUAGUUAGAUGGCGGACUACCAUUAAAAUAUAAUAGAAACAAUUAAUUUUGAUUAGAUGUAAUAUCAACUUAAAGCGGCAGUAAUUAUUUGCAAUGGACAACCAACUAACUGUUGUUACCUCGUAUUAGCAGAAAUUUGUCUCGAACUCGUUGUUUAUCUUCUUCCAACAAUAGUUUCAUUAUAUACAGCGCUGUGAUGACGCUUACUGAUUAGGUAGGCAACUAAUUAAAUAAUUUUUUUUCUCGGACACACUAAUCUUCUGGACCGACAAAUUAAAUAAUAUUUUGUGUUUUCUUCCGUAUCCGAGUAUGAUAUAUAUAUAGCAUUUUUAUUCUG